CGGUGGCCUCGCCGGCUCCGACCUAAACACCGACGAGCUAACAAGUUCGUCCGUUAAACUCGAUGGUUAAACUCCGCGACAGUAACCGCGUUCAGCUUGAGUUUCUUUAUUGUUUCGUGGGUGAAGAAGUUUCGGAUGAAGCUUUUCCCGCUGGGACCGUUAACAGUAGGAGGAGAGGAGAGGAGGGGGGAGCUACUUUGGGAGAUCUGAUCUGGGAUCUGCUCUCACAUCCGGACCGGACCACGGCUGAGCUGGACCGGCUGACCUCCACCGGCAACAGUAAAGUUUUUGAAUCUUCACCGCGGAAGACGAAGAAGUUGGGAUCAUCAACGAAAACUUUACGUGAACUGUUUUCUUCAGCCAGAACUCUUUUGUGAUUCUUCUGGUCUUUCGCGGACUGAUUUAAUUUAUUUUUAACUUUGAAACGCAAAACUAGUUCUAAGAUGGAUAAGUACGAGGACCUGGGACUCGAGGCGAGUAAGUUUAUCGAGGACUUGAACAUGUAUGAAGCAUCCAGGGAUGGAUUGUUCCGGACGAGGCGGGAUGCGGGGAAUAACCCGGACUUUGAAGAAACCAGGAGAGUUUUCGCCUCUAAGAUGAGUAAAAUACACAUGCAGAAGCAGCAGGAGGAAGUGGCCAACAGCAGCCAGGUCGUUCGGAUGAAUGGGGGUCACAACAGCACCCAUUACACCAAAGACAGACCGCCCAUCAACAGCUCCAGACAGCCGGGCGAGGCGGCAGCGAAGCCCCCGAUCCUCUCUGGCCCCGCGCCGACCUCCUCGCCUGGGAACCAGUAUGCCCAGACUGGGUUCCAGUCUGAACCUCCAGCCAGCAGGACUCACGGCCACGGAAACACUUACGAUAACAAGGAGCGCUUAGAGUCCCAUUCAUACCAGAAUAACGUCUCCCCACCUAGUUUUGCAAACUCUCCUCAAAGUUCUGCACAGAUCCGGAACCUCGCAACCUGGGCCCCCUCCAAGGAAAGCAAAUCUCCCCCAUCUGUGUUGGUGUCAGGGAGCUGUGCGGCUCAGCUGAUGCAUGCACCUUCGACCAUCACCAGUCUUCCACCACAGCUCCUCAACCAGAAACUUGGCUGCACAGUUUGGGCUGGAGAGCCGUCCUUCCCAACAAAACCAGACAGGAUCCCUGCCUUGCCUCUGAGCGCUUUCACAGGCGGAGCAGACUUCCAGCAUCCUUCCCAGCCCUUGGCCCAUUAUGUACCUCCGCCAUCCAACCAUAAUGGCCCAGUGGCAGCUUCUGCGGCCUCUGAAGCACCUCAACCAAAAGCCCAGGGGAUGUCCUCUGCUCUGUGUCCUGGCAGCCUCACCAAAAGUCAGAGUCCGGAUCAAAGCCAGAUGGUUGCCAAUGUACAUUUAAUCAGGGACGAAGGUGAGAGCCGGCGCUCCCCUAAACCCACCCAAGUACCUACUCAGGGUCCGCUCUCACAGCCUUCAGAUCAGGGGCCAUCAGCAGCUGAGAUAAAGCUGGAGGCCCUCACUCAGCAACUGGAGAAAGAGAUGGACGCUCAAAGGAAGUCUGACUACUUUGGAGUCUGUGUAAGGUGUAAGAAGGCUGUUUAUGGGUCCAGCCAGGCCUGCCAGGCCAUGGGGAGCCUCUACCACGACUCCUGCUUCACCUGCAGCGCCUGCAGUCGGAGGCUGAGAGGGAAGGCCUUCUACUAUGUUGGAGGGAAAGUUUUCUGUGAAGAGGACUUCCUGUACUCUGGUUUCCAGCAGUCUGCUGACAAGUGUAACGCAUGUGGACAUCUAAUCAUGGACAUGAUCCUUCAGGCUCUUGGGAAGUCCUACCACCCCGGCUGUUUCCGCUGUGUGAUCUGUAACGAGAGCCUGGAUGGAGUACCCUUCACCGUAGACACAGAGAACGAGAUCUACUGCGUGAAAGACUACCACAGGGUGCUGGCGCCUAAAUGUACCGCCUGUAACCAACCCAUCCUGCCCUCAGAAGGCUCUGAUGAAACCAUUCGAGUUGUUUCCAUGGAAAAAGACUAUCAUGUGGAAUGUUACCACUGUGAGGACUGCAAGAUGGAGCUCAAUGAUGAGGAGGGUCACCGCUGCUACCCUCUGAACGGCCGUCUCCUCUGCCACUCCUGCCACCUGAAGCACAUCCAUCCUGGAGGCCCUGCCUCCGUCCAGACCCCCACCGUCUGAGGGCUUCUGUAGGUGGAGGGAGACACCUGGUGGAGCAGAGGCAGAUGCAUUCAGUUCUUGUUGUAGAGGAUUGAUUUAUGCAUCAUGCAGGUUGGACAGAGUAAUGAAGCUUUACUUUGAAAGGCGUGACGUCUUGCAGACUUUGCAGAAGAGUUAUCACAUAAUUGUUUGACGUAAACAUCGUUGGCAUCGUUUUUGUAGCAAUUCCUUUGUCUCUCUGAGUUUUUGUACCUUUAACGUCACAUUUGCACUCUUUAAGAGUUAGUGUCUUUAAUUUUAUCAAUAUAGCUAACGUUCAUCACAUUAACUUUUCUAAUUUAAAAAAACAUAUGCAAUAAAACAAUCAGAUCAGUUUUAUCCUAUAAAAAUGGGCAUGUUUAUUUAUUUUUUACUUUUGGCACUAAUAUCUGAACCUGACCUGAUUUUCUCUCACAGCUGAUGAAUCUUUGGACAAAACAUUGUUUAUAACCAUUUCCUUACCAUCUGUAGUUUACUUUAGCCUGUUCUCUUUACAUUUACAUGAUUAAUCCAGUGUUUGUUAUAUUAUUUAAACUUAUAUUCUGUUUUUCCUUCAUGUAAACAAAAUGCAUCAACGUGUUUAUAAUCUAAUUUAUCUGCAGAGUUACACUUUUGACUAGCCGUGUCAACCCCUUUGUGUUGAGUUCAAUCAUUUAAAUGCAAACUGUUGUUUGACAUCAACAUCGUUGUCGUGUAUAUUUGCUGUAAAUAAAAUAUUUAAUGCAU